AUGUUCCUAGUUCUACGUUUCCUAUUGAUACCACGAUGCCAUGUCUAUGUCAACGCAUCGGGCAAGACGUUACUGCCGCAUGCAUCACUUAUUUACAGAAUGCCUGGGAUUCAUGGAAAAGUGAAGAGAAAAGGUGAUAAGGAGGGAACAUCCAAAAAUGCUAACAAUGAUAAGAGAAAUAUGAACGAUGAAAGCGGAAAGUUGAAAAAUGAGGAUCGCGUAAUAGAGAAAAAGAAGAGGAAAGUCGAGAAGAGUAAAGAAAUCAAAAUUAUUAGCUGGAAUGUUGCUGGUCUUAGGGCAUGGAUUAAGAAGGGUGGACAUUCAACUUUGGUUAAAGAGGACCCGGAUAUUGUUGCUUUGCAAGAAACGAAAUGUGUGGAAGUUCCAAAUGAAUUGCAAGAUGGCUAUCAUAGUUUCUUAAAUGCUUCGGAAAGAUCAGGACAUGGUGGUGUGUUAUUACUUACGAAAGAGGAGCCGAUAAAGGUGACAUGUACUUUUGAUGACAAAUCUAAAUCUGGUUUGGAUGGGAAUGGUAAGGGACGGAUUAUUAUUGCUGAAUAUGAUAGUUACUAUCUUAUUAACGCCUAUGUUCCAAAUAGUGGACGUGGUUUGGUGAAUCUCGACAAGCGAAAAAUUUGGGAUGACCACUACCUCAGUUUUAUUAAAAAACUUGAUUUAAUUAAACCUGUUGUAUAUGUUGGCGACCUAAACGUUGCACAUCAGGAAAUUGACUUGGCGAAUCCGAAAACCAAUCGUAACAAGACAGCUGGAUUCACAGAUCAGGAACGAAAUGACUUUACUCGAUUGCUCGAUGUCGGAUUCGUGGAUGUUUUCCGCAGAUUGAAUCCAGAAAAGGAAGGCGCUUAUACUUUUUGGUCAAACAUGCACAAUGCAAGAGAAAAGAAUGUGGGUUGGAGGCUUGAUUAUUUUGUGGUCAGUGAACGGAUUAUGAAUAAAGUAAAAGAAUGCAAUAUUUUGCAUUCUGUCAAGGGAAGCGAUCAUUGUCCCGUAAGUCUUACAAUUGAACUGUGA